GUUGUUCAUUGAUAUUUCAAAAAACCCAACUAAAAAUAUCUUCUUUGGAGCAAAAGUCCUUUAAAACCUUAUCUUUUCCAUCUAACAUUCUUGAUAUCAUAACAUCAGAUGCAAGUGAAAAGUUAGAUAGAAAAUAAUACGAGAAAGAAUAGAUGGAGUAUUCAAGCAGACCAAAUAGGAGUGAUGUACAUCUGAGUUUAGAAGAAGAACACAAAAUAGAAGAAGAAACAAAGGAGUAUUUUGAUGGCUUAGCUCCUAAACGUCAUUCUAAACCUCAAAGAAGCGAGCAUUCUACCAAUUAUGUUGAUGUUAACAACACUUCUCUUGAAAUUCCUGAAUUUCUUGAGUUUCAACGCCUCGAAAACGAUCAACAGAAAUUAGUGUGUGAAAAUGGAGGUGAAGUGACAGAGGAAUUUGUGGAGACGGAAUAUUACAAGGAUCUUAAUUGUGUUGAUAAACGACACCACCACACGACAGGAAAAGGGUUCAUCAAAAUGGAGAAUGACAAUGGGAAUGCAUACUCCUUAGCUCCUGAUUCCGACCUUACUCACCAUGCUUCCAGCAAAGGAAAUCCGGCUACUAAUGAAUGGAUACCUUCUACAGAUGGUCAGGUUACUAUUGUUUCGGAGAAGCCAAACAGGAGCGAAAACUAAGUCGCAAAGAGCAAGAGUCAUUCAUCAUCAUCAUUUGUGCUCAAUGUUUCUAUAUGUCAUUGCUUGGGGGAUUGCUUGUAAAACUUAAAUGUAUGAUUUUAUUAGAACAUUUGGAGACUUUGACAAGAGGUAAGAAAUUACAUCACAUAAAAUAUAUUAUUAAAUAAUGUUAAUGAGAAUAAAUAUUUAGUAUAAUGAUAUAGAGUGCCUCUUCAAUUCAAAGAUUUAUCCGAAUCAUCUCGGAAGAAGAAGGAUUUUCAAUACAAUAAGGGACAUUGAGAACCUCAUUCUCGAUGUUCAUUAACUAUUAUUGUUUGAUUUCA